UUGAAACAUUAGUUUAUUUCUCUUUUUGAUGUUGCUGUUUGGUCCAAAAUGCUUUGAAGUUUAGAGGAGUGCUGGAAAGGCUGCAUCUUUGGAAAAGGAAGCAAAUUAAUGUUUCAGGUUUAAGACUUCCCAACUUUUCUCUCCUCAAGCCUGCACAAUACACAAGUAAUGGUCUUAAACGAAUAACCUGAUUUCACCUAUCAUAACUUUUGUUCUAUAAAUAAAGGUGAGGGAAAUACUGAUUAAUACUCUUUCUCUACUCUACCUCAGCCAGUCCCUUGGCAUCCUGGAUGACUUGCUUCCACUCUAUUUCUCUAGUUUCUGAGGGGCGGUUGGUAAGGUCAACAUUAGAUCUACAACUUGCUAUGGAUUGGGGUGGUAUGCUCCUGCUGCCACUUACAAUGAUUUUGAAUAGUUGUGAUCCAGGAAUCCCACAGGUCAUGAGUGGGGAUAGUUAGGUGGGGUGAUGCUAUUUUUUUUUAAUUGAAACUUUGAGGAAAUCUUUAAACCUUGUUUUAUCUUAUAUUCUUAUGACAAAGAAGCCUCUUAUUAUCGUGUGAUCUAUCAUGCCUCACAUGCUCAUCAACUCCAACCCAUUAUGCCUUGUGCCCAUUUCUCCGCCCUGACCAUCUAUCCACUCCAAUUAAAAGUAACAAAGUAACUUUACCAUUAACAAGUCUUUGGGAUGUGGGAGGAAACUGGAACAACUAUGGAAUGCCCACUUUGCAGGAGAACAUGCACAUUCCACACAUGUAGCAACAGAGGCCUGGGUUGUUGGUGCUGUGUGGUGGCAGCACUGAUUGCUGCACCACUGCACCACCCAUUCUCUAGCUUAUAAUAGCUUGACUGCACCAGUCAUGUACCUAAACCUGUUCUAUUAUUGGAGCAGCCUGAGUGUAAUUAGGACCUAAAGUGCCGAGGAUUGCGGAAAGAGGAUACUGAAUUAGUUCUUACCUUGGCAGUGGACAUCAUCUUUGGUGGACAUGGUGAACCUUGCAGAGAAAGCACCUCACAAUCUACCCACCUAUCCUCCUGAGCGACUACCACUUGCCCUAUAAAUGGGAGAAUCUGCAGUUCUCAUGUUGACUUUGUUAGCCAUUUCAGAACCCACAAACCUUAGUCUCUUUGAUCCCAACAUACCAUCACAGAAGAAAUUAGCAUUUUCAAUUAUUUUAGAAUUCUUCCUUCAUAACUGGCCAUUACUAUUAUUUUCUAACAAUUUCUAGUGCAUUUCUGGGAUUUUUCUUGAAUUUUGUACAGCUUUGAGAAUUUGCAGCAGCAACCCUGAACUUGUCAAAAUCAUCUUUGAUGCCAAGCAGUCCACAACAUGCUGAUUAUUUCUUUUAUAUAUUACUUUUGCUUAAAAAGAUGAUAAGUGAUUCAGAAGAGAUUGCUGGGAUCUACCGAGAGCUCAGCAAAUUCCCAUCGCCGCUAAAAGCCUACAUCAGACCACAGAUUACAUUGAAACCUAAAGAAAAAUUCAGCAUCAUUGACACAGAAUGGUCUCAGAGGGAUUUGGAGAGAGCCGAGAGGGUGAAGAUAUUUCGAGAGUACCUUGUAUUCCAUGAUGAAAAUUCAAUUUUGUGCACUGGCCCCUCAGGAAACUGCACAGAAUUGCAGGGCGAAUUGCUGAGUAGAGAUUCACCCUCUGCUACUUUAAAGGCUGUCAUCAGGGAGCGUACCAACAAAAAGCAGGAAAAGCAGCAAUAUCUGGAGAUAUGGAGCAAAACCGCCAAGGAGAAAAGCAUAAACCUAACAGCACUUGACAAGCAUGGCAAAGUGUAUGAAGAUGAUCUGUUUGGCUGCCUUGAAUGGUCUUACUCUGAGACCUGCAUACUGUACGUCGCUGAAAAGAAAAGACCCAAAGCUGAAUCCUUCUUCCAGUCUAAACCAGAGCACAGUGUAAAUGGGGACGAAGAUGACAACAGAGCAAAAGAUGGCCAGAAACCUGAGAAAGGUUGUCAGUUUGUAUAUUGGGAGGACUGGGGGGAAGCCCUGACAAACAAAAGUACUCCAGUCCUCUGUGUCCUAAACAUUUGGAGUGGAAAUGUCUCUGUACUGCAUGGGAUACCUGAGCAUAUUUCUCCUGGGGAGGCAAUCUGGGCUCCUGAGGAUGCUGGAAUUAUAUUUGUUGGCCGGUGGCAUGUGCCUUGGCGACUGGGUCUCAAAUACUGCACCAACCGGAAAUCGGCUCUCUACUGUGUGGACUUAACAGGAAAUGAAUACUUGGAGAUCUCUUCAGGAAUAAAUUCUGUACAUAGUCCACGUCUCAGUCCUGACCAACAUCAUCUUAUCUUCUUGGAGGGUGGCAGCGUUAAGACUCACCAUCAGUGUUAUGGCCUAUCCUUGUAUAACUUGGAUAAAAAAGUCACAUCAACUGUGGUGAGGAUUUUAGAUUAUCCAGCAACAGAUGGAUUUACUGGCAUUUACUCUUCAGCUCUGGCACGGAAAUGUUGGGCAACAGAUAGCCAGCGAAUUCUCAUUGAUACGACUCAGCGAAGCAGUAAGGAUCUAUUUGUAGUGAACAUUGCAACAGGAACUGUAACAUCUCUCACCGCUGGUCCAGACACUGCGAGUUGGACAUUAUUGGACGUUUGCCAGGACCUGAUUGUGGUUAGCUGCUCCUCCCCUAAUUGUCCACCUAAUUUGAAAGUGGGUUUCCUGCCAGCUGCAGGGCACGAACAAGAAAUGAUCUGGAUGGCUCUCGGUGAAGAUAAACCAUUGCAUGGCAUAAAGUGGAAAAUCCUGACGUUUACACCUCAUUUUGAGCAUGAAAAUCCAAAAUUCAAUGGUCUUCAAUUUGAAGGUAUUUUACUUUUACCUGGGCAGGAACAAAAUGCCAAACCUCCACUUGUUGUAAGUCCACAUGGAGGACCCAAUUCUGUCUUUGUUACUUGUUGGAUGUUAAUGCCCGCUGUCUUUUGCAGGUUGGGAUACUCGGUUUUGCUUGUGAAUUACCGAGGAUCCUGUGGCUUUGGGCAAGACAGUAUUCGCUCACUGCUGGGUAACAUAGGAAGCCAAGAUGUGAAAGAUGUGCAGUUUGCUGUCGAAUGUGUGUUGAAGGAAGGAGUUGUGGAUUCUGAGAAAGUUUUGCUGAUCGGUGGCUCACAUGGAGGCUUUAUUGGUUGUCAUCUAAUUGGCCAGUACCCUGGUUUCUACAAAGCUUUUGCCACAAGGAAUCCUGUCAUUAACCUGGCUUCUAAGCUGGGUACAACAGAUAUUCCUGAUCAUACCAUGGUGCAAGCUGGUUUUGAUUAUGCCCCAGACCAGUUGCCCACUCCCCCUGUGUUGGCAACACUGUUGAGCAAAUCUCCUAUCACCUAUAUUUCUCAGGCAACAACUCCAGUUUUGAUAAUGUUGGGUGAAAAAGACAAACGGGUUCACCCAUCGCAAGGUCUUGAACUCCAUCGUGCACUGAAAGCCCGAGGAAUUCCUGUACGGUUAUUGUGGUACCCUGAUGAUAACCACUCACUCUCUAAUGUUGACACAGAAGCUGAUGUGUUCAUGAAUAUUGCCGUGUGGUUUAACUUUGCACUGAACAGAACACAAUAAAUUGAGACAAUCUAACAUAGUAAAGCCAAUCCAACUCCAGUCCAAUCUAGCUGUAGUUCAAAUUAGCUAAACUGCAGCUAGCAUUAAUCAUUGAUCUGAGAGCAUCUGAAGUGCCUUUUUCCUUGGCUUCAUUCAAGAGCUGUACAUUGAUCUUUCACAUUCGAGUAUCAUUGCCUCAAUAUUAUCUUUCCUGUAAACUAACAAUGUAUUAAUAUCCCACACAGAGAUUUAAGUAGAUAAUCUGAGAUGACAACUCUGAGUGAAGCAGAGGGAAUUUUAUUAGAGACUGCAUGUUCUAUUUUGGUGUUAUAAUUCUUUAAUAUUCAAAUAUGUAGAUCUUGCUAAAUUUAGUUAGUCCAUCUUUCUAUUCGCCUUAAUGGGGGCAAUUAAAGGGAAGCACAAUGUUACAGCUGGUAGAGCUGCUAUCUAUAUCCCAAAAUUGACCUCCUCUUCUCCCAAUUAUUCUUUGUUUCCCCAAUACAAUCCAUCCUGGGUUAAGGCAGGGGUACCAUACUUCA